AUGGGCAUCGGCGCCGUCGCAGAACCGCUGGUGGUUGUCACCUUGCUGUUCGGCGGCACCUGGUUCAACCGCAAUUCAUUCCAAGAGAGCGUCAAGACCGGCGACACCAGCCUGCUCGGUCGCUGGCGCAGUCCCAGUCCGAGCCAUAAUAUCGAUGCAUCGCACAAGCGCUCAGAUAGCCAGAGCCCCUCGGACUCGGGCGCGUCGACUCCUUCCGGGGAUCUGCUCAUGUCCAUGGGCGCGUGGAGCAGCUCAGGGUCGGCGCUGCUAUCUGGGGCCGAUGGCGAGCCCAACCGCCGGUUGCGCAUGCUCAGGUUCCUCGGUUUCAGGCGGCUCAUGUCAACACCCAACACGCGGGUGUUUAGGGACCGAAUGCUGAGUAGACUUCUGAGGAGGUUCCCCUUUCUGGUGGAGGCGUGGUACUGGGCGUUGCUGUACUGGGUUUACCAGCUCGGUCGCGCUUUCACCGCUCUCACCCUCGUCGAGAGCACCGUCGAUGUCGCUCGCAAACAUGCGCUUCAGCUCAUCCAUGUCGAGCAGAGACUGAAUAUUUUUAUCGAACUCCCCGUCCAGCAGUGGUUUCUCGGACACCCCACUGCCCUCCGCUGGAUCAACCGGACGUAUUCAUACAUCCACAUCCCCGGCAGUAUCCUGUUCCUCGUCGUCCUCUAUUACUUGACCACAACUCGUCGACGCAAAGCCCUCGCCGCCAAGGUGAAUGACGCCGGCGAUUUAGAAGGCAGCAUUGGUGCGAAAUGGGAGUCGGCAGCUGGUCCGGCGUUGUACGAGGCCCGCAGGCGGACGAUGGCCUUGUGCAAUCUCAUUGCUUUCGUCAUCUUCACGUUUUGGCCAUGUAUGCCACCUCGUCUGCUGAGUGAUCCCGAGUACCAAGGCGAGAAUGCCGAAGAGGCCAAGAGCUACGGCUUCGUAGACACUGUGCACAGCGGUGCCGGUGAGAGCAGCGUGUGGACCACGAACCGGUUCUGUAACCAGUAUGGUGAGUUGACUGCCCUCCUCUCCUUCAUAUCGGGCGCUGUGCACCUUGACACUGACUCAACUUUGAUAGCUGCUAUGCCCUCUCUGCACUUCGGCUAUUCCCUCCUCAUCGGCCUGACCAUUGCCACCUUGCCUCUGCGUCCCGGCUCCGCCGCUUGGCGCCGCUUUGCUCUCGCUGUUGGCGGCAUGUCAUAUCCUGCCCUGAUCCUGACGGCCAUCGUGGCGACAGCGAACCACUUCGUGCUCGAUGCCGUUGCUGGUGCGAUCGUCUGCGGUAUCGCCUGGAAUCUGAACGGCGUGCUGCUGAACCUGCUCGUGCUGGAAGACUACUUCCUCUGGGUAGUGCGGAUCCACAAGCCCGUCCACUGGACGGAUCCCGAAACGGCAGUCUAUAUCGACCGUGAGAAUAACAGGGAUUACGUCUGA